AAAAGAACCGGAUCCAGGCCAGGACAGAAGUGGGUUGGGGGUCGGGUAUAAUCAGGAAGCUUCGGAUCCCUUUGCCCUUUUCCCUAUCUCCCUCCUUUGCUGCUUAUAAAAGCGGAAAAUAGAGAGAGUCGAGUUUUUCCAGAUUCCGUUUGCGACUCGUGCGAGGGAAACAACCCUUCUCUUUACUCCGUACACCGUCGGACCUAUCAUCACCUUUACUCAGACAUGGAUAAUAUGUCGAACCAAGGGCAAACGCCCAAUCGCAAUCCUAAUUCUCAUCCCAAUCCCAAUCAAAAUGAUGAUCAGAAUCAAACGGAAGAGCAGCAACCUGCAGAAAUAGAGCAGCAACAUCACGACGAAGAAGAAGCAGAAGAAGAGGAGGACGACGAAGAGGAGGAGGAGGAGGAAGAAGAAGAAGGUAGGAAGGAAGACGAGGAAUUGAUGGCAAAAGCGCAGGCUCUCAUGGAAAAGAUAACUUCUUCUCCUGAUAACCCUAAUCCUACCGUGCUCCAUGCUCUCGCCUCCCUUCUAGAAACUCAGGAGUCUCUUUUUAGAUGCCUUGAAGAGAACGGUCCUUCUUCCAGCAAUGGUCGUGCCUCUCAUAAUGUUGGACAACUGGGGAACUUAGUCAGGGAAAAUGAUGAAUUUUUUGAUUUGAUAUCAUCGAAGUUUCUUUCUGAGAGUAGAUAUUCAACCUCUGUCCAGGCAGCAGCUGCUAGACUUCUUCUAAGUUGUUCUGUCACUUGGAUUUAUCCUCAUGUUUUUGAAGAACCAGUUUUGGAGAACAUCAAAGCUUGGGUAAUGAAUGAGACUCCUAGAUUUUCUAUUGAAGAUCACAACUGCAAGCAUGACUUGCCAAGAAAUGAAGCCUCGGAUGCUGAAAUUUUGAAAACCUAUUCCACUGGACUUCUUGCUGUGUGUUUAGCAGGUGGUGGUCAAGUGGUGGAAGAUGUCUUGACUUCUGGAUUGUCUGCUAAGCUUAUGCGCUAUCUUCGUGUACGAGUCCUUGGGGAGAUUACUGCUUGCCAAAAUGAUGCCUUCCAUUUAUCUGAAAGCAAGAGUCUAUCUGGUGCUGCUUCUUUCAGAAGCAGAGAUGAAGGUCGAGGUAGGGUGCGGCAGGUUCUAGAGACAACUCAUAUGGAUGAUCCCAGACUAAUAGAUGAGAAACCUUUAGAUGACCAUUGUCCUGAACGGGAUCAAGAACGAAGCACUAGUCGGCAAUCAUGUGGAGAUGAGUGUUGGGUUGGUGACAGACAACUAUCUGAUGGGGUGGGAGGGGGGGUUUACAUGCAUGAUGUGGAUGCUGAUAGUGAGGAAAGAUGGCAUAUUCGAGAUAUUCGUGAUGGAAAAUUGAGAUAUGGUGAAAUUGAUGAAAAUGGGAGAGAUGAAUCCUCCAGGCGCAGGAUAAACCGUGGUUCUGCAAGGUCAAAGGGUAAGGGAAGGACUUCCGAAGGGGUCAUGGAGAAUGAACAAUCACUAACCUCACCAGGCUCUGGAAGUCGUUCUGGACUGCAACAGAGCAUGAGAGACAGAAAUUUGUCUAAGCAUUUAGAUGCCAGAAAGGUGCUGGAGGCAAAGAAGUUUGUGGGAAAGACUAAUGCUGAUAAUCUGGUAGUGGAAAGAGAGGACAAUGAUGAAUGCUUUCAAGGAUGCAAAGUUGGAAGUAAAGAUUUCUCUGAUCUGGUUAAAAAAGCUGUUAGAGCUGCUGAAGCUGAAGCAAUGGCAGCUAAUGCACCUGUUGAAGCCAUCAAAGCAGCUGGUGAAGCUGCAGCUGAAGUUGUCAAGUGUGCUGCUUUAGAGGAGUUCAAAACUACUAACAAUGAAGAAGCUGCAUUGUUGGCUGCAUCCAAAGCAGCAGCUACAGUUGUUGAUGCUGCUAAUGCCAUUGAAGUCUCAAGGGACUCCACUAGCACAGGUUCUGAUCCAAUAAAUAAAAGUGCUGCAGAAACAGAAGGAAACGAGGAUGUUGAGGAGUAUUUUAUUCCCAAUGUUGAGGUACUUGCACAUUUGAAAGAAAGAUACUGUAUUCAGUGCCUUGAGACUUUAGGUGAAUAUGUUGAAGUCCUCGGGCCUGUACUGCACGAAAAGGGCGUAGAUGUCUGUCUAGCCCUGUUGCAACGAAGUUCCAAGAUUGAAGAAGCAUCAAAGGCUACUUCUCUCUUACCUGAUGUGAUGAAGCUGAUUUGCGCUUUAGCAGCCCAUCGGAAGUUUGCUGCAUUGUUUGUUGAUCGGGGUGGCAUGCAAAAACUGCUCGCUGUUCCAAGAGUGGCUCAAAAUUGUUUUGGUCUUUCUUCUUGCUUAUUUACCAUAGGUUCCCUACAGGGAAUAAUGGAACGUGUAUGUGCACUUCCUUCUGAUGUUGUUCACCAAGUGGUUGAGCUAGCUAUCCAACUUCUUGAAUGUCCGCAGGAUCAAGUUAGGAAAAAUGCAGCACUAUUUUUUGCUGCUGCAUUUGUCUUCAGAGCGGUGCUUGAUGCUUUUGAUGCUCAGGAUGGCUUGCAGAAAUUAUUGGGCCUUUUAAAUGAUGCUGCCUCGGUAAGAUCUGGGGCAAAUUCUGGCUCAUUAGGCUUGUCCGGAACAACAUCAUUUCGAAAUGAGAGAUCACCGUCAGAGGUACUGACAUCCUCAGAAAAGCAGAUAGCUUAUCAUGCAUGUGUUGCUUUGCGGCAAUACUUCAGAGCUCAUCUUCUGCUGCUUGUGGAUUCCAUACGCCCAAAUAAAAGUAACCGGAGUGGGGUGCGGAGUAUUCCAAGCACCAGAGCAGCAUACAAGCCACUUGAUAUUAGUAAUGAGGCUAUGGAUGCUGUGUUUCUGCAGUUGCAGAAGGACCGGAAGCUGGGUCCUGCUUUUGUGAGGACCCGGUGGCCUGCUGUUGAGAAGUUCUUAGGCUGUAAUGGACAUAUUACCAUGUUGGAAUUGUGUCAGGCUCCACCUGUUGAGCGUUACCUACAUGACUUGUUACAGUAUGCAUUAGGUGUUCUGCACAUUGUUACUUUGGUGCCUAUAAGCCGCAAGAUGAUUGUAAAUGCCACUUUGAGCAAUAAUCGUGCUGGUAUAGCGGUUAUUUUGGAUGCAGCAAAUAGUGCUAGUAGUCUCGUGGACCCUGAGAUUAUACAGCCAGCUCUUAAUGUGUUAAUUAACCUAGUUUGUCCUCCACCUUCAAUCAGCAAUAAACCAUCAUUACUAGCUCAAGGUCAGCAGUUUGCUUCUGGUCAAACCACAAAUGCUCCUGCUGUGGAAACUAGAAAUGCAGAACGUAAUAUUUUGGAUCGAGCUGUUUUCCUGCCUAAUCAGAGUGAGAUGAGGGAACGAAGUGGAGAGUUGAAUUUGGUAGAUAGAGGCACUGCAGCAGGCACCCAAUCCACCAGCAGUAUUGCUCAAACAUCUGUUUCUGCUGCUGCAUCUGGUUUGGUUGGAGAUCGGAGAAUAUCUUUAGGUGCUGGAGCAGGUUGUGCUGGCCUUGCUGCACAAUUAGAACAAGGAUAUCGUCAAGCAAGAGAGGUUGUCCGUGCCAAUAAUGGCAUAAAGGUUCUACUGCAUCUCCUCCAACCCCGUAUAUAUUCACCUCCUGCUGCUUUGGAUUGUCUUCGGGCCCUUGCAUGCCGAGUCUUGCUUGGUUUAGCUAGAGAUGAGACAAUUGCACAUAUAUUGACCAAGCUUCAGGUUGGCAAGAAGCUAUCAGAACUGAUUCGAGAUUCAGGUGGCCUGACACCUGGAACUGAACAAGGCAGGUGGCAAUCUGAACUUGCUCAGGUGGCAAUUGAGCUAAUUGCUAUUGUUACAAAUUCUGGGCGUGCUAGUACAUUGGCUGCUACAGAUGCUGCUACACCUACAUUGAGACGCAUAGAGAGAGCUGCUAUUGCUGCUGCGACUCCUAUUACUUACCAUUCCAGGGAGCUUUUGCUUCUCAUACAUGAACAUCUUCAGGCAUCUGGUCUUGCUGAAACUGCUGCUUCACUUCUGAAAGAAGCUCAAUUGACACCUUUGCCAUCCUUGGCUGCCCCUUCAUCUCUUGCCCACCAAGCCUCUGUGCAAGAUACACCUUCAACACAACUCCAGUGGCCCUCAGGUCGUACCUCUGGUGGAUUUCUCUCCAGCAGAUCCAAGAUUGCUGUACGAGAUGAGGAUAUUAAUAUGAAGUGUGAUUCAACUUCAUCUUUAAAGAAGAAAUCACUUGUUUUCUCUCCCACUUUUGGAUUACAACCAAAAAAUCACUUCUAUUCUCAAGAUUCCCAACCUCCAUCUGUCAGGAAAACACUCACCAGUUCAAAAUCAAGUGUUUCUGAUACUCAGACUGAAUCUAUGAUGAAAAGUAACCUUGAUUCAGAAUUGCACUGUAAGACUCCUCUUGUGUUGCCUAUGAAAAGAAAGUUAUCUGAGUUAAAGGAUACUGGUUUGACAUUAUCAGGGAAGCGGUUCAACACUGGUGAUCAUGGACCGAGGUCUCCGGUUUGUCUGACACCCAAUUCUACUCGAAGAAACUGUCUGCUUGCUGAUGCUGCUGCAUUGACGCCAACUUCUAUUUUAAGGGAUCAGCAUGUUCGAGCAACACCAAGCAGCUUAAUUGAUUUGUCAGAGGACAACCUAUGUGGUAGUUCUAAUGUGGGACAGAUGACGCCUUCCCAAGUUGGACUUCUAAAUGAUCCCCAACCCAGCAACUCAGAACGUUUAAGUCUAGACACUAUAGUUGUUCAGUAUCUAAAGCACCAGCAUCGUCAGUGCCCUGCUCCUAUAACAACCCUUCCACCACUUUCUCUUUUGCAUCCACAUGUUUGUCCUAUGCCGAAGAGAAGCCUUGAUGCACCAUCAAACAUCACUUCCCGACUUGGUACUCGUGAGUUCAGGAGUGUUUAUGGCGGAGUCCAUGGAAAUCGUAGAGAUCGUCAGUUUGUUUACAGUAGAUUCAAGCCAUGGAGAACUUGCAGGGAUGAUGCUGGCAGUUUGUUGACAUGUGUCUGUUUUCUGGGGGACUCCUCCCAUAUUGCAGUUGGCAGCCAUGCUGGGGAGCUAAAAAUUUUUGAUUCUAACAGCAAUAAUGUACUGGACAGCUGCACAGGCCACCAGCUUCCUGUGACUCUUGUUCAGUCAUAUUUUUCUGGUGAGACCCAAAUGGUUCUAUCAUCAAGCUCUCAGGAUGUGCGGUUGUGGGAUGCCUCUUCUUUCUCAGGUGGGGCUAUGCAUUCAUUUGAAGGCUGCAAGGCUGCUAGGUUCAGCAAUUCUGGGAGCAUUUUUGCUGCCCUAUCUGCUGAUUCUACCCUGCGAGAGAUUCUCCUUUAUGAUAUCCAGACCUAUCAGUUGGAAUUGAAGCUUUCUGAUGCAUCAGCUAAUUCUACGGGUCGAGGUCAUGUAUAUUCUCUUAUACAUUUUAGCCCAUCUGACACUAUGCUGCUUUGGAAUGGUGUUUUAUGGGAUCGGCGGGUUCCAGGUCCGGUUCAUCGCUUUGAUCAGUUUACAGAUUAUGGUGGUGGUGGUUUCCAUCCUGCUGGGAAUGAGGUUAUCAUAAAUUCUGAGGUUUGGGAUUUGCGGAAGUUCAGACUACUACGAAGUGUACCUUCUUUAGAUCAAACAGCAAUAACCUUCAAUGCACGUGGGGAUGUAAUUUAUGCUAUCCUGAGGAGAAAUCUUGAAGAUGUGAUGUCAGCAGUUAAUACCCGUCGCGUGAAACAUCCUUUAUUUGCUGCUUUCCGCACAUUAGAUGCCAUUAACUACUCUGAUAUUGCAACUAUUCCAGUGGAUCGAUGUGUUCUUGACUUUGCAACUGAACCAACAGAUUCCUUUGUUGGGUUGAUUACAAUGGAUGACCAAGAAGAGAUGUUUUCAUCAGCCAGGGUUUAUGAAAUUGGUCGCCGAAGGCCGACUGAUGAUGAUUCUGAUCCUGAUGAUGCAGAAAGUGACGAGGACGAGGAUGAUGAUGACGAUGAUGAUGCUGAUGUAGACCCAAUACUUGGGCAAGAUCUCAAUGGUGAUUGUGAGAGUGAUGCAGACGAAAUGAGCAGUGAGGAUGAUAGCGUGAGUGGUCUUGAUGAUGAUGAUGAUGAUGAUGGGGAUUUUAUUACAGAUGAUGCAGACUUCGAUGGUGGAGGUGGGAUAUUGGAGAUUGUGACUGAGGGUGAGGAUGAUGAUGAUGACAGCCAGUUGGUUGAAUCUUUUAGCAGUGGUGAAGAAGAGGAUUUUGUGGGGAAUGGUUUUGGUUUCUAAUUUUGACCUGAUAGGCUAAAAUCUUGGUCAUAAUGCUUUCUAGGGAUAGUGGAAAACGAAAAUGUUUGUAAUUAUUAUUGCUCAAGGGUUAUUAUUAUUAUUGUUCUCUUCUGGCAAUUUUGUUACUUUGGGUUACCGUUACAAUAGGUGAUGUGAUCUUUAUUUCGUUUACGGUAUUUGUUUUUUGAUGUUGCGAACGAGAAUAGAAUACACCGUAGGGCUUAACAUGGUACGAAGGUGCAGUUCGUUUGCCUAUUGUGGGCGAUGGUUUGUAGUCAUUAUGCAGAAUCUUGUUUUGGGCUUCAGACUCUGGGUUUUGUUGGCUGUAUUCGGCUAGCUCGAUAGCGUAUCAGUCAAGCUAGUAGUGGUGUCCAUCUAUUUGUGUUUUUCUUGGGGUAAAUUUUAUCUUUUUAUUUUGGUCAUUAACCUCUUGAUUUUUUCGAUUUAAUUAAUUUUUUAAAAUUAAA